CUGAGUUUCAGCAAGUGCAGAACAAGGAACAGGCUCAUAUUCAUUUAAGGACGCGGAGGGUAGCGCGCACACGAUUACCCCAGUGGAGUUGACGUUUCCCCUCAGCACCAAAGCUAAACAAAAACAAAUCUGUUCUUCUGAAGAGAAGAUUUCAGCGAGGGAUCAGGAAUCAAAACAGGAUCCGUCCCGGUCAGAAGUGCUGUGUAUUCCCUCCCAGUGGUCUGUGGUCGUCUCCCAGUGCUGAAAUAUGAGUCUGAGCACCAGUGAGCUGGAGGACCUGUGGGAGUCGUUGGGGGACUUCAACUUCUCCGAAGCCUUUAGCAACAUAUCGAGUGUGGAUGCAACGGUGUGCGCCACGGCUUUCAACCGCAACGCUCUGCUCUACUCCAUGUGUGUCCUCUACAUGUUUAUCUUCAUCGUCGGUCUUGCUGCUAACGCUCUGGUCCUCUGGGUAAACAUUCGUGCCCAAAGAGACUCCACCCCUCGCCAUGAGACACACAUGUACAUCACCCACCUGGCAGUGGCAGACCUAUGUGUGUGCGCCACCCUGCCUGUGUGGGUGAGCUCGCUGGCCCAGCACGGCCACUGGCCCUUAGGUGAGGUAGCGUGUAAACUCACACACCUGCUGUUCUCCGUCAACCUCUUCGGCAGCAUCUUCUUCCUGGCCUGCAUGAGCAUGGACCGCUACCUGACUGUGACGAAGCACGGGGACCAUGAGAGAGGCGCACGCAGGAAGCUAUUCCGCAGCGGAGUGUGUGUAGGGGUGUGGCUUCUUGCUCUGCUCGCCUCCAUACCAGACACCUACUUCCUGCACACUGUGAAGGCAACGCAUGGGGACACCAUAUUGUGCAGGCCUGUGUACCCAGAGGGAAACCCCAGGGAGUGGAUGGUGGGCGUGCAGCUGAGCUUCAUCCUGCUGGGCUUUGCUCUCCCCUUCCCCGUCAUUGCAGUGUUUUACGUGCUGCUAGCCCGCGCUUUUUCUCGUUCCUCCUCUUCUUCUUCAUCAUCUUCCACAGUGGAGCAAGAGCGUCGUGUGAGCCGCAGGGUGAUCCUGGCCUACAUUGUGGUGUUUUUGGGCUGCUGGGGGCCCUACCAUGGCGUCCUCCUGGUUGAUUCCCUGUCUCAGCUGGGCCUGGUGCCUCUGACCUGUGGCCUGGAGAAUGUGAUCUACGUGGCCUUGCACCUCACCCAGUGCCUGUCCUUGCUCCACUGCUGUUUCAACCCCAUCCUCUACAACUUCAUUAACAGAAACUACCGCUAUGACCUCAUGAAGGCCUUCAUCUUUAAAUACUCCACGAGGACGGGUUUGGCACGCCUCAUUGACACUUCCAACAUGUCUGAGACUGAGUACUCUGCUGUAGCUGUAGACAACCCACCACAGAUCUGAGACGGUUUGUAAAUCCAAAUGACUACAAAUGCAAUAUAUGCGUAUGUUACAACUAAUUUGUUCUUAUCAGAAUCUGUUCACAGACAGCAUCCUUUGUACAGAAAUCUGCUUGAGUCAUGUAGAAAAGCUUGAAGACAGGCUAAUAUCAACGUUGAUGGAUCAAUUUCAAAGCACUUACAAAGCAGUUUUAUUAUAACAGCUGAUACUGAAAGGAUAUAUUUCACUCAUUGUCACUCAUUUGUAAAGCCAAUACAGUGGCCGUAUAUGUGUAAAAUCAUUGCUUGUACUGUUCAUGUAGGAUUGUACUGUGUGUGUGUGUGUGUGUGUGUGUGUGUGUUUGUGUGUGUGGUGUGUAUAAUCUGACAGGCAUUGAAUACCGAUAGUAUCAGCAGAGUAAUAUUGUUAAUCUUUUUUUUAUAUAAAUUUGUAUUUAUAUUCUGUACAUUUUAAAUGUUUUGCGUCCCUCCUGUAAAUCAAAGACAUCACACCCUGAUGGCUGCUCCACACUUCAUGCAACGCUGCUUCAUCAUUUUAGUCGAGCUACUGACUGGCUCAGUGCUUUAGUCCUGCUGUCUCUGUUAAUCAUAAGCUCAUGUCACUUCAGUUGAAUCCUUCAGACACAAAAAAAAACUGAAAUUAAUUUUCCUGCAACUAAGGUUUGUAAAUGAUCUAAUGCAUGUGUGUUCUGAGUUGCAUAGUUACAGGAAUAGUACGACUUGUAGGGAAUUUAGAUGUCCGUGCACUAAAUAUGAAGCUACAGCCAGCUGCUGUUAAGCUUAGCUUAGUAUAAGAACUAGAAACAGUGGAAACAGCUCGCCUGGCUCAGUCCGAAGGAAAAAACAAAUCCCAAGAAUUUGCUUACCAGCACCUUCAAAGUUGGCUAAUUAACAUGUUAUAUUUGUUUGUUUGAUUCGUACUAAAAGCAACGCUCGGGGGAGGAUUAUGUGCUGGACUAUUUCUUUGCUGGAGGGAGUGACUCUCUGUUGUCUUUCAGUCUUUGUGGCAAGCUGAGCUGAGGAAAUCUCAUGCUGGCUUUAGCUUUCUAUUUGGCGUACAGACAUAAGAGUGGCACUGUAUCGACCCUCUCAUCUAAUGCAACUCUCUCUACGAGAAAGCAAAUAAACUUCAAAAUAUGAGGUCUUGCAUGUUAACUUCUCUGUUUUCUUUUAGUUCUAAAUAUUUCCAGUGUCUGGAUGCUUCAACUGGGACUACUGAGCUUAAAGAGCAGGUAGAUGUAGCUCCUUUGUAUUCUGAAACGUACAGUAUUAUGUACAAUACUGUACGGUCGCUAUAUUUUGCAUCAGUGCUAAUUGUGGAAAGGAUGCACAUGUGCAAAUCCAUGUGAUGUUAAUCCUGCUGUGCCAGCACACAGGCCACAAAUGGCUGAAACCUUUAUGACCAAAUAACACAAAAGAAUAGCCUAACUACCUUUAUGUAAGCAGCAGCUGUGGUGUAUAACAACCAGGUGUUUAUUAGGGACCAAAGAACAAAAAAAGCAUAUUUACUUUAGAGUUGUGUGUGUGUGUAUGUGUCUUUGUGGGCCACAGCUUGACUCCCAGAAAUGACGUUUUAUGUAUCAUAAAUAUUGAGUUAUACAGUUUGCUCACUGUCUGUUGUAGGAAGCAACAUAUUCUUUUGAUGCGCUGACAUAGAGCACAUUGUGUCAUGUGAUUGGUUACACAUGUAUGCUUUUACACUGAGAAGAUUUUGCAAUCAGAAAAGAGUGGGGACACAAACAUGUGUCGCGAAGAACAGAGGCAUUCUUUUGGUAUUGUAAUGUGUAACAUGUGUUUUGUUAUAUAUUAAAUACAGAGAAAAUGUUUUCCUCCGUGUCUCAGUUUCUUUGGCUCUUGUCAAAUUAAGCUUACAACUUAAUAAUCAUGCCCCGAGAUUCCUAAAAUAAAGGGUUUCAACUGAGAAGCUCCAAUGACGGUUUUGGAAAUGCUUUUACUGCCAUUUUUUACUGCCAUGCCAUUUGAGGCACUGAAUAACACACAAACAAACAAACUCAUGCAGCGAAAACAUAACAUCACUGUGUGUGGUUUGUCCCAGCUGUCACGGUUCAGAUAGGCUUUAGUUUGACAGAGUAUUUACGUUUUCUCAGUCAUCGUCACACCAACUUUCUUUCAGACUGCAAAAGAAGAAAGAGAUGUCACUCCUGCCAACUUAAAGUCACAGCUGGAAUUUUUCUUUUUACCAUCGGGGUCAGAGGAUACAAUUCAAUUGAGUUUAUUCUCUUGCAUUUUGUACAUAAUUUAAUUUAAGAUAGGUGCAUGUAAUACGUCAACCCAUCAGUGUUUUGCUCCGUUAACCCCAGUGCUUGACCUA